GGUAGGUUAGGUAGUGUAGUCUAGUCUAGUUUGAUUGUAGCGUUCAUUACUCGCUUAUCGUGCGCUAUGGCCGUAACAAAAAAAUAAACGAAAUAUUUAUUUCGAUAUAAAUUAUGACACAUAAACAGACGUGUUUACUCCUUCUAGUGCUCAGAUAUGACCAAAAAUAAUCAAAAUGUAAAGCCCAUGUUACUAUAAGUGUGUCUGGUAAGGGUGAAUGGGAUUUUGAAUCUCAUAUAGUGUAAAUCUUUGCGGUUUAUGAGUUAAUCUCGAGUCGUUUGGUUAGUAGUAUAAACGAGAACUAUGCAACAAUGUGGGUUUUGCUCAAUGUUGUCUGGACUGUUACGGAGAGCUAUGUGCAUCGGCAGCAGACGAGGUAGCAGCGAGUCCUACUACAGGGAGCUCGGCGAUCAAGACACAUUGAAAAUUGAAGAUAAAUCGUCGGACAUAAUAUCUGAUGCAUCCGAAGAAAUAAUUCAAGAAAUCCCGCGAAGAGUAAUCUCUAAGGACUAUUCGGAAGAGCUUGAAAACAUGCCCAAAAAACAUGUUUAUACAGGGAGAUUUCUGACAAUGCACAAACGACGCAAGAAAAGACUUUUGACAAGAUCAUUGUGUCAUGAAGCAGCUUUGCUAGACGAUUUACACCCCGGACAAGUUCAACGCAUCCUCGACCAGUCGGUGCUGUGGCAGUUCAACGCCUUUACACUAGAAAACGUCUCGGGGGGUCGUUGUCUGCCAGUACUCUGUGUUCAUCUAUUCCACAUCUAUGGCCUGAUAUCAUAUUUCAAGCUCGACGCAGCGAAGGCUUGGAAAUUAUUCAGCUUAAUUGAAGAAGGCUACCACAGUACAAACCCUUACCACAAUUCGGUACACGCUGCUGAUGUCACGCAGGCCAUGCAUUGCUUUCUACAACAGAAACAAAUCCGAGAUUAUCUGGAGCCCCUUGAAGUUAUGGCGUCCCUGCUGGCAGCGAUCGCGCACGACAUGGACCACCCAGGAGUCAACCAGCCCUUUCUUAUAGCCACUUCCAAUCACCUUGCCACGUUGUAUAGAAACACGUCAGUUUUGGAAAAUCACCACUGGCGGUCUGCCGUAAGUUGCCUGAACGAGAGCGGGCUGCUGGACCAGACGUGCGACAUACAAGUCGCGCUGGAGCGCCAGAUCAGUUCGCUGAUACUCGCCACGGACAUCACGCGGCAGCAAGAGUACCUAAGCCAGUUCAAGGGCUACCUCGACACGAACAGCCUCGACAUGUCGCAGAAGGAGCACCGGCACCUGGUGCUGCAGAUCGCGCUCAAGUGCGCGGACAUCUCCAACCCCUGCCGGCCGUGGCCCAUCAGCCGCAAGUGGAGCCACAAGGUGUGCGAGGAAUUCUUCCGCCAGGGCGACUACGAACGCAAGCUCAACCUUCCCGUCACGGCGCUGUGCGACCGGCACACCACCUCCAUACCCAAGAUUCAAACAGGUUUCUUCAAAUUCGUUGUGACUCCUCUGAUAACCGAAUGGCACCGCUUUUUGAAAAACGAUCUGUCGGAUGAGAUGUUAAAAAAUUUAUUGUACAACCAAAACAAGUGGGACAUGCUCGUGGCGCAAGAAAUAGCGGAGGAGACCGGGACGGAGAUGUCGGACGCGGACGCGGCGGACGAUGACCUCGACACCUGCUCCGGCACCAACCUGUCCGCCAGCUCCGAGCUGCUGCUGCCGCUGCGUCGCAGCUCGCUCAACCCCGUCAAAUCUCAAGGCUUGAAAGAACAACUCAGGCGGUUCUCUGUUCCGUUGAAUGUAUUCCAAGACUCCAAAUUCAAGAAUAGAGACAAAAGUCGAACUCCUUCACUGGCUGAAUCUCGAAUGCGUACCAACGGCAGCCCAUUGAGUAGUGAACAUUCUCUGCAUUCACAACUCAGCGUUCGUGGACAUUGCGAGCACGGCAAGCCCACUGAAAAAAUGUUGAGCACCGAGAAACUACUUCCGGAUUAUUCGAUAGCUUCUAUCACUACUCCGGUGCAAGCGACCCGUUUGAAUAUCGUGCUGAAAGACGGCGGCAGUUGCAAGCUCAUCCGGCAACAGACAUUCCCGCCGCUCGAGACCGUGGCGCACGCGCACGCCCUCGCCGUCAAGCCGCUUCACACGAGCAACGAAGAUGCCAUCUACCCGUCCCAGUACAUCAAGACUGAUAUCAGCCAAAAGUUCGACAUGAGUAAAAAGGAGGGCAGAUUUAGCAAUAUAUUCAAAGGUUAUGAUACUGAUAAGACUGAUAACGAUGACGCUUCUGAAAAUAAUAACUUAGACACUACGGAUUGUUCACGUAAUAUAGAGAAAGAGAAUCGGGACCCGUCAAUACGCAGCAUGAGCGGCAUGCGCGGCAGUCAGUUGCGGGACAACCUGGCGGGAGUGUCGCUCGCGCGCGCCGCCGACCAGCUGGCGCGUCGCCGCAAAUCCAUGCCCACCGACAUCAUCACAAACACUCCGAAAGAGAAAAAGAUGCGAGAAGUGACCACGAUUCCAGAAUUUUUAAAGAAGACUCUAGCCGGUAAAGAUUGUUGGACGCGACGGCGAGGUUCGGCGCCCGUACCGGUGGCGUCGUCGGAGCUGCGCGGGCUAGCCGCGCUCGGCGCGCUGCGGCACAGCAUCAACGGCGGGCGCCGCAAGCCCGGCCCCGUCGGCACGUGCCAGCAGUGGCUGGCCAAGGCCACGCUCGGCGUGCACGACAGGAAGAUACCGAACCUACCGCGGAGAAGUUCGCUGCCCGUUGAGAUGUUUCGCCCUACUGAAGCUUUGUAACUAUCGGAUUCCAAAUGAAAAUCACGUGAUUGGUUUAUGGUGAAAAUAUUGAUACGUAAGACUACCGCGAGAUCGUGGUGUUGGCUGUUUAACGUCAGAAAGCAAUGUUUGUCUCUUGAGUGGACAUUUAAUGCUGUAAAUGCAUUAGGAAUGGUAAUUAUAAGAAUAAAACACUUUGUAUUUGCAGCCGUGCGAAUGAAAUGGUUAGAUAUACAAUUAUGGGGUCGAAUGUGUUUUUAUAUGCAUCGUAUUACUCUUAUGGUACGAUGUCUUUUAAUAUAGCCUCAUUGCGUAUUUUUUAAACAAGGUGUCGUUUUGGUAUGUUCAUAUGUUGCCAGCUUUUACACGCAACAUCAACAUCACAAUAAAUUUAAACAGUAUUGCAGUCAUGUAUAGAUUUAUUUAUAUAAUUUUUUGUUAAACGAAGAUUAAUACAAUUAACUGCAUUCUUUUCUUCUCAUUUGGAGUCUGAAACUUUAAGAGACAGCCAUUUCUGGAUGAUUUAUUUGUUUUGUUGAUCGUAGUUGAAUGUGCUCCUGAUGGCUCAUGCAUAAUAAAAUAACGUUAAUUUGCUAUCCGGAUACAUAAUCCAUUUGACGGUAAUUCUGUACCUAUACUAUGGCGAUAUUAUAAAUUUUUUUGGUGGUGAAAUCUGACUAAGUUUUUUUUGGAUUCAGACUGUCUCAUACUUAUUAACGCUAUAGAAAAUAUCCGUUUCUGAAUCUUUGUGCUUACAUGCCCAGUGCUGAGCAAUUACAACAUUUGACUAAAUACUGCCACGAUGCGCUUAGUCCAUAAGCUCACCCUUCGCUCAUUAUGACACCAAAGUCCUUGUGUAAUAAUAAAGUCAAAAUGCAGUAUGUAAUACAUUUUAUUUGCAAAAUGGUCUUUACACGAUAAUCUUAUGUUAGCGCGUAUUUCAUGUUUUAAUACAAAAUGGAUUGUUGUGAACAACAACAACUCAAUUCGUAUUUAAGUUUCUAUUAAAUAAAUACAUAAGAAUAAAAGAAGUAGCAAUAAACUACCGUUCUAAUUGUCGGACCCACCAAAGUAAUUGGAUUGCAGUGGCGUGGCGGCGCGUCAACUACUCGUAUAUCCAUUUGGCGAACCGGACUGUUUUUGUUGUGCGGCUUUUAGUGCUUUAUCUUAAAAUCUAUAGAAUAGAUAGGGUGUUCACUGUCUCACAUUAAGCAAGCCGAAGGGAAUAGAGUUCUACAGUAGCCCCACCACUGUUGGAUUGGUCAUUUACAUACGUAUCUCUCAUGAAUGAUCUAUUUGGCCUUGGUCUGUUUUAGUUUCAGUAUUGUAGCAAUUGUAAUAUUAGUUUUUUUUAAUUGUGUUGUUUUUAUGUACCAAACUACGGUUAUAAAUAAUACUUAUAUAUUGAACACCUGCACCUGCUCCAUGUAUAAUAAAAUAUGUACCAUAAUUGAUUAAUUUUGCGGUGAUAUAGACGAUACAAGUGCGAAAAGUAGGAUUUAACAACGAGCGGCGAUAAAUUAAAACACGACCGAAGGGAGUGUUUUAAAUCGACUCGAGUUGAGAAUUAUAUAUUCGCACGCGUAUCGUACGUUUUACAGUACAUAUGGCCCUUUAAAUUUUCGACAUAGGGACGUUAAGUGCUAAUUACCGUACUAGUGCAGUAAAGUAGCACCAUAUGCACUGUAAAAGUUUGAUAUCUGUUUCUCGCUCUCACUUAUGGGUGCGGCGCACCAAGCUCGCGGUGCGGUGCGGCAGUGUGUUACGACUUUAAAAACUGUUACGAGUAUUCAAUGUCAUUUUUAUGUUUUUAAUUAAUUGACUUGUAUCAAUUUUAUCAAUCUGCUUUUAAAGUUUGUUAAGUAAUUAAUUGUGGUGUUGCCAGGAUUAGUAGUAUUCUAGUAUUGUUAUAUUUUUGCGUCAGUAAAUGAUAAUUCCUAAUAGUGUAUGAAGUUAUUACGUUAUAAUUGUAUGUAUGUAUUAAAAUUGUUAUAAUUACUUGUAACUUGUUACAUUGGUCGUUUGGCAACAUCAUCAGAAGUCACUAGUUUUUUUAAACACCUUAGUACAAAUUAUUUCUAUUAAUUUUCAUCACAAUGAAUUUUAUUCUGUUUUAAAUUAAUUAUAUCUGUAAGAUGUAUGAGUUUUAUUUAUUUGUCAUAAUAUUUUGUCUCAACAUUAUACUAUUUCACGAACAUCAUCUGUUCAGUAUUAAGUUCACAAUUACUCUAAUUUAAGUAUAUUAUGUUAUGUUUUACAGUGUAUAUUGUUUUUAAAGUAAAAUCACAAUAUUUUGUUAAGAUUAUAUACCAAAAAGGAGGAUAAAACAUUUCGCGCUGUUUUGCGCUCUAAAAUUGUAAUGCGAUUAAAACAAGAGAAGGCAGAGUCUCAUAAUCAAUACCUUUAUACUAUACUGAAGUUGAAGUCAUAGUUGUAUAAGUACUAACUAAAUAUAAGAUAAACUAAUUUAGUUGCUCCUAUUGGGCGUACAGUCAGCAGCAGAAGUAGCUAAGCGGGCGACGUAUCGUAUCUAUCCUAACGUGAUUUGCAUAAGCUCCUACUUCUACAACAAAAAAGGGGGUGUAAAUAAUUUUGAACUCCUGGUCCGCUUAUAUACUUCUGCCACUGUCAGUAGAUUGUCUGUUUUGGUUAAGAUUGUAAGACGACCUCAGUAUUAGUUACAAUUACGAUACCUAGAUGAUGAAAAUUUCCAAAAUAAUAUUGACGAGUCUAGUGGUGUCCUAUGAAAGUUAAAUGCAUUAUCCAACAAGAUUGGUAAAGAAAUAAUAAUACAAGUACCGCGUGAAUUAUAUCAAAUAUUAUUUAUUGCAAUAGGAUGCUGUUUAGCAAUAAUGUGGCAAUUAUUGCUAAACAGUGUGAUGGACGAGUUUAUCACGCGUGUAAAGACACAACAAAGGGAUAACCCUCAUUCAUAAUCCUAAUAACAUCCACUUACAAUAAAAUGUGUAUCUAUUUAACAAACAAUUAUUUAAAAAUAACAGGACAAACGAAUUUAACGGAUUUUUAAAUAACUUUAAAAGGGACAGCCGUAUACAUAAACAACGGCAAUAAGUGUAGUUUUAUCUUACAGGACAAAAAACGCGGCUAUCCCUUUACUUUAUUUACUUAAAUGUAACUGAAACUGGAAUUCAAGACCAAAAAAACUACGGCAAUGUUGCCACUGCAAUAAAAUGUUUGUACAAUAGCAAUAAUAGUAAGGUCAAGCAAAUCUUGUCAGUAAAUAAGAACAAAAAAAACUACACCCAUAUCCCCUUCUUCUGGGCGCCAGCACCAGUGCAAGACAAAAACAGUAUGACUCUCUCCGUCUACGCCCGAAAUGAGACAGCCCCUUGACAAACUAUAUAUUCCUUUUUUAGAAAAAAAAACAACUGGUUGCACUCCGGGAGUGCCGGCAGAAGUGAAAACAUGAAUAUUAACGUGCAUUUUUGAUAUUUUGGAAUGGUUAGGGAAUAAUUUUACACGAAUUGCUUAGUUAUCAAUAUAAACGUACUAUUAUUUAUGUGGUUAAAUACAAUAUUCAUUUAUCGUACACAAACAUAACAAUUUAUAUUACAUUAAAAAAUUUACACUUCAGAACUAUCACAAUUAUUUAACAUUAAAAAGUUUAUCUCUCAAAAAAAUCAACUUCCAUCCAUAAUUUCGGUCAGGGGUCGUAGCACAGUACGCUUAUCACCAUGCCUGUCACGUUCUAACAAGUAUGUGAGUGCGAAAGUGACGGACUUAGUGAUAGGGGAACCAUGCUGCGCGGGCAGGUCACGUGUCCGUUUUACGAAUUUUCAAUCUUUCGGUCACGUGACCUGUCACGAGUUCUGUCGCGAGUUUAACAUUUUUUCCUCGUCACAAAAAGUGCACAGCGCCGCUAAAAAAGUUUUCACUUCACAAACACGCAAAGUAUUUAUUUAUUGGUAAUUUUAAUUCUAUGAUUUGAAGACGUAAUUUUAUUUACUUAUUUUUACAUAAAUACAAGACGCCCUAAUAAAAACUUAAACAUCCGUGAUUUUUGGAUGAAAAGCUGGUACUUGUAACACUUCGGGUAUUCAUAACAUUUGGUACAAUAAUUUACAAAUAAGCUUUAUAUUGGGCAUCUUGCAUAAUUAUAAAAAAUAAAAUAAAAUAAUUACACCACCAAUCUGUUAAGAUUAGCGCUGUACAUAACUAUUCCAAAUUUCAAAUCGAUAGCUUCAGUAGUUCUCGAUAUUUAGCAAUGUGACAGACAGACAGACAGACAGACAGACAGACAGAGAAAGUCGCACCAUAAGGGUUCCUUUUGUACCUUUUUGGUAAGGAACCCUAAAGAUAAGAUGUGCUAAAAAUUUUGUGACAAUUUAAAAUUAAAGGGUAUUUCUAAAUUGUCAGUGAUAACUUCAUUUUCUACAAAAAAAAAAAAUAUUUUAGGGAAUAAUUAGAAAUAAGUAAGUACUUAUUUGGAAACUUAUAAUUUGCUGGCAUAUCUUUUUUAUAAAAGGUAUCAAUAUAUUUAGUAUAUAUUAAGGCGGUUUUAUAACAGACUUCCACGCCACAAGUUAGAUCAAUACAAAAACAAUGUAUAAAAAAAUUGCAUCCUCACUUAAAAGGAAAGCGGACUACACCUCCGUACAAACGUAGUCUCCUUUUUUCGUCUGGACAUUAGUAUAUUGGAAAAUAUUUUUACACAAUUUAAUAGUGUGAAAAAGAAAAACACGAAAAAAAUUACAAUUAACGCUCCAGUGCCCGACACAGCUCCAAUAAUCGUCAUUUUCAAUCGUAAUGUCAUAGCAAUAAAGUUGACAGCAAGGUGUCGAAUAUUGAAAAUGAAAAUAUUUUAUUUCAUUAAUAAAAUGUUACAUUACAAGGUAGUAGGUUGGGACUUCCUUUAAAGUAGGUAUUGGUGGUAUUUAUAGUAUUGUAAUGUAACAUUUUUUUUAUUAAGGCUAGCUAUGAUAAACAUCAAAACGUAUAUAAAUAUUAGCAACGCCGGCUUGCGACAUGUCGGCCCGAGCCGCCCGAGUGAUAUCUUACCGUACAAAUCAUUCUGCCAUUUUUUGCGGGGGGGGGAGUAUAUAGCCAGGAGUAAAGUGGGAGACAACAGCUUACCAUCCGUGUUCGAACAUCAUUAUGUAUGACACCAGCGGCGCAUUAUGUAAAUUGUAAACAAAUGUAGCCAUAUGAACAGUAGUCGUCGCCUAGUAUCUAGUCACCUUGUAUCACUUCGUGACCUAUUUAUAAUGUUUCUAAGUAUAUACCUAAUGUAUAUGUAUUAAUCUUGUAUACAUCUAUUAUACCUGUUCUUACAGCUCCUUCAUGUUGAGAAUGUUGGCCGUUUGUAUUUUGAAAAGUUUAUUAACAACGAUUUCGUGGACUAAACAAUAUCUCUACUUAUCUACUUCACGAGUGCUCGGAAAUAUCUGCACAUGCACUUAUUCUCCCUGACGGAGUCACUUACUUUGUUCACGCGUACCUGACAAAUACUGAAUCAAUUUGUAGUGCUCACAAGGGAGCACUUCGGUUUUGCAAAUCGGAUUAUUGCCAACUUGCAUACAUUACCUAUACCAGGCGCCAGGUUUCACGAACUCUUGUAACUUUUUAUAAUAUUUUUUUAUAACACCUUAUAUCUUAUAUUAGUAGAAAGAAAUAAAUUAAAACGACUUCCACUUGAUUUACAAGUUACAAGCUUUCACAGAAGGGGAAGGGCUCCUAAACGUACGAGUCUAAAAUGGAUAUAAAAAACAAACAAAAUGGCGUUCGAUAUAUUAUACAGCUUAUGACUUGUUCUUAUUCUUAUUGAAAAUAUUGCGACACACUUUGCUGUACAAAAAAGUCUACCAAUUUUUGCGGGGAGGGGAACGUCAAAUGUAUACGUAACGUCAAAAUAGCCAUGUCAGAUAAACGUCAGUCCAUACAUUGUGUAUGACCAUUGGCCGACUAUUUUCGACAGAGGGGAAAGCCUGUUAAUGGCUACUCCGUUUGGUUAUAUCCUCCUAGAUUAAUAUGUAUCAAAUUAUGUAAAAAUAUUUUCCAUAAUGCCAAUAUCCAGGGAGCCGUCCCCUUUCCUCUUAAGCUUAGCGGUUAUAUUUAACACCCCAAUUCGAGUUCCGGAGCGCAAUUUUAGCAGCAGUUGCGUAGUUAAAUUUUAUUAUUAUAUUAUGUAUGGACUCAAUGCCUCGUUAUUAAGCAUCGGUUUUAAGCAAGUCGUAUUGUAACUGUCUCAAUCUCCAGAAUAAAUAAAAAAGUAUAAAUAUAAAGUGACUUAAUAUCUCCAGAAUGGGUAAAAAUUGUUUAAUCAAAUCUAGUUUCAAAUAACAAUUAUCUUAUGUUAUCCUUCAUUUAACAAUGAUAAAAUGAAAAUGAAAAUUAUUAAUGACAUUAGGUUACAGGUCAAGGUUACAUAACAUUUGAAAUAUCAAAUAUCAAGUGAUAUGUUCAAGUGACGUGCCAUGAGUCAUGACAAAAUACUGUUCAAAAUGCUGAUAGCAAAAUAUUACGAUACACCUUACACUUAAUGCACUCAACUAUAGCACUCAGGUGAGAUUGUCACCUGCAAGAUUUGAGCGCUGUCCAGUAUAGGGUAAAUUGUCUAUUACUGGCCACCUUUCAAAUAACUGGACACCUACACCUACUAAAAAGAUUCCGUUCGAUAUUCACACAAUCCAAGUCAUUUUCAUGACUAAUGUUAUUUGGUUUACUUGAAUUGUGUGAAUAAAUAAAUAUUAUUCUUAUUUUAGCCAUUUUAGUAUAAGGUGGCCAGUAACAGACGAAUAACCCUACACAUUUAUAGAAAUAAGUGUGUCAUGUAGCAAAACGGAAAAAAAUAAUGCCUACAUAAUUCCUAGUCAACAGAAAUUCGACUAAAUUCAAAGUACACUAAAUGUUAGGGGAAAAUACAAUGAUAAGAUUGAUAACUAAACAGUUACGUGCCUAAUUUUAUUUUUAUUUAUUAAUGAUUAUAAUUUUGUUUUAAGUAACUAGGUAUUUGUUUAGCGCACCAUGUGAAGUCGUUGUGCUGUAUCGCCCUACUGACAGACAUCUAAAUAAAUAAAUAAAUAGUCUAGUUUUCAUAGAUAGUUACCCGUAAAGAAAAUCGGGUGACGAUUGCGUAUCUUCAGAUUACCUAUUACUUUCCUCAUCCGACGUCUGGGUAUAGGGUGUGUAAUCCAAAAUGCGGCAGUGAUAUAAAAUAAAUACUGAGAUAAUUUUAUAGAUUUUUCAUAACAAAAUGUAUCGACUGCUGGCUAGAGAUGACAAAUUUUGUCAAUUCUCAUAGUUUAGGUUUACACUAGGUACACUACCGCUCAAAAGUAUUUAGGCACCCGCAAUUUUCACCAUACAAUUGUAUAAAAAAUUUUUUUUUUCAAAAUCAUACUGUUCGAUAAAUGACUCUUACAUGUUGGAUUGAAUUUUUAUUUAGGUAAAUAUCUUGAACCUCAAAUUGUUGCCAGACAUCCUUUAAAAUUUCGAGUUUUUCUUUAUACAACGAUUUAAAAAACCCUUAUGUACUAGUUCAUACAAAAUAAAACGAUUUUGUACUGGAAAACGAUUUAUGGAUUUUUUUACCCUUGCCCUUUGGUAAAAUAGGCAAUGUACACGAAUAUUCUGCUGAUUCUGCACAUCAUUUUGAAGCUCGAUAUGUCUGUUAAAUUAAAAUAGUAAACUGCACAAAAAACUGAUGUUACCCGACUGCGACUUAACAGUAUAAUUCUGAGUCGAUUUUGUAAUCGUUGAUAAUAAAAAAUAAAUAAUUGUAAUAUUUUAUUUAUUAAUAGCUUAAGUCAUUCCUACUGUACCUAUAUUGUAUACUAGCUGUGCCCGCGGCUUCGCCUGCGUGGAAUUCGGUCUGUGUCAGUAAACCCAUAAUUUAUCUCCCUCUCCCCUGGAGGCGGAACUUGAUGUAUACGCUAAUAUAUAUAUGAUGUUGUUGUCGUAUAAAGUUGAUGGAUACGCUAGGGGACUGUAGUCCAGAUAAAAUAUUUUACAAUUAGGUACCACUAAAUAAAACUACACUCCAAAAUCAAUUUUUUUGCCCUUAUUCAAAUUUUUGACGUGAUUUAAACGACAUAGAGUAUAUCGUAAGUAGGUGUAUAUCGAACGAUACAGUACAAUUUUUGGAUUUUUACGUCCUUGACUGUACCUAUCCAAAUCAUAAUAUGUCCAUGGCAAAUAUCAUCCAAAGUGAAGCGACCUGCCUGGCUAGAGCGCCACUGAGUCUCACCGUGGUCUUUCUCAGACUCCUAAGACCGUGCCCCUUGUAGCCUCAAUGCGUUGCGAGACUUUCGCGAAAGAUUCUAUUUUUAUCCGGGAAGGCAUGGUAACGGGUACACUACAUAAUUCCGAUAAUUUUUAUUUCGAAUUUUAGAAUAUCGAAUUUUAUAAUUCCGCUUUUUAAAUGCUCGAUCCAUCAAAAUUCCGACUGUCGUAAUUACGAAUGAUGAAAAUCACAAAGAUUUAUAUUUCCUAAAAAAAAUUGAAAAUUCCGAACUACAUAAUUCCGAUUAUAACAAUUCCGAUGGUGGCAAACACCGAAUUUAACAAUUACGAUUUUUGAAAUCACGAAUUCCGAAUUGCCAUUAUUCCGAACCACAUAAUUCCGAUUAUAACAAUUCCGACAGUGACAAACGCCGUAUUUAACAUUUACGAUUUUCAUAAUCACGAAUUCUGAAUUGCCCUUAUUCCGAAUUGACGUGAUUCCUAUUUUAAAUAUCCCAAGUUUCAAAUUUCCGAAUAACGAUAUUCCGAAUAUAUUGUUACAGUCCGUUUUCUUGAGGGUCGCAGUUCUAACCUAACCUAAUCCACUUUUCUGGCAACAGUUCGUUUUCUUGGGGGUCGCAGUUCUAACCUAACCUAACCUACUUUUCUGGCAACAGUUCGUUUUCUUGGGGGCCGCAGUUCUAACCUAACCUAACCCACUUCUGGCAACAGUUCGUUUUCUUGGGGGUCGCAGUUGUAACCUAACCUAACCCACUCCUAGCAACAGUUCGGGUUCGCAGGUUCGCAUUUCUGCCUAAUUUAUUUAUGCCGAAUUUUUAUGCAAAAAAUAUUUUAUGCCGAAUUUAACAUGAUGCGGCACGACAGGCACGCGUAAUAAUUACUAAAACGUGAGUCUUUAUUUGAAUAUCACGAUUUUAAUUUUUUCGACCUUCCAAAAGACCGAAUUUCUGAAUACCGAAUUAUUAAAUUUUCGAUCGGACAAUGAGUUUUCGGAAUUUAGGAAUUCGAAAAAAAAUAUAUUCGGAAAAGUGUAAAAUCGGAACUUUAAGCUUUCGGUCAAGUGACAAUCGGAUUUUGAGUUUUCAGAAAUAGCACAUUCGUGAUUUUAUUCCAUCGUGUUUUUAAAAAUCGUAAUUUUGAUAUUUCGGACUUCAAAAAAAUCGGGAUUAUGAAAAUCGUGGUUAUAAAAAUCGGAAAAACGUUUUUCGGAAUAUUUGGGUGUUCCCCAUGUGGACGCGUAUAAGUCCCAAAUCGUUUGACAUUUACUCCGCAAACGACAUAGAAAAAUGUUUUUUUUUAAAGUACCCACCUUCGUGGCCAUUAUUAAGAGGAAAGGGCACGGCCGCUUCUCCAUACAAACGCAGUCUCCAUUUCCAUGUUCCUCUAUGAUUGUAAAAAUAUAUAUUUUUUUUUCAUAUUUUUUGUGUUUUCCGGAAUGGUGUCAUUUUGAUAUCAUAAAUGAAUUCAGCAUACCAGAUUUAUACAAAAACGAUACCUAACUUGGCCUAGCUUAAAUGAUAUAAGUAGUUAUCAAUAUAAAGUUUUUACCCCUUUUUCACCACGUUGGGGGAUGAAUUUUUAAAAACGCUGAAAGUAAUUUUCUUGCUUUUUAAUAUAAUACCUUUUUGCAAAGUUUCAAGUUCCUAGCUUAAAAUCAAAUUUGCACCCCAAGACAAACUUUCAUCCCCCUUUCAACCCCCUUGUGGGGUUAAGUUUCCAAAAACGUCUAAGUUACUUUUUUGUAAUCGUCUAUUUAUGCCUUUCUAAGAAGUUUCAAAGCAUUUGUAAUGGAUUCAAACUUUCAACCCCCUUUUAACCCCGUUAGGGGAAGAAUUCUUGAAAACGCUGAAAUCACUUUUCCUGUAUUAUAAUAAUAUGCCCAUAUCCAAAGUUUCAAGUAACGCACUCAAAAAAAAAAUUGAUCUCCAUACAAAAACUUUCUUCUUUUUCACCUUCUUAGGGGAUGAAUUUUUAAAAACGCUGAAAUUUGUUUUCUUGUAUUUCAAUAAUAUAUCUUUUUACGAAGUUUCAAAUAACACAAUUUUAUUAAUAAAAAUGAUUAAUGCAAAAAAGUAAAACUAAAUUACAACAAAUACAAUAUUACCCCCACUCUGAUUAUCCCCCGGACCAAAUGUGCCAAAAAUACUGGCGGCAUUACCUCGCUGAAUGGCCAGUUUCAAAUUGCUACCUUAAAAUGAAUCUUGAACCCCAUACAAACUUUCAUCCCCUUUUUAACCCCCUUAGGGGUGAAUUUCUCAAAUUUUUGUAGCCUAUAACCUUGCCGUGGAUUUUUUUUACAGAUUAGUAAAGUUUUCAUCAAAAUCCGUUCAGCCGUUUUCAUUUGAUGCGCGAUAAAAUAAACAGACAAACAGACAAAAAUUCUAAAAACUGUUGGAACGUGUUCUGUUAUCGAUUCUAAGUAUCCCCAGCUAAUAUUUUUUCGAAUAUCUUCCAUGUACAGACUUUCGACCCUCUUCCGCUUUAUUAUAUGUAUAGAUAGAUAUGUCCUAAGAUACUGGGUAUAAGCAAUUGGUUACCUAUAAUUGGACAAACAUCUAAUGUUAUGUAAGCUACAGAUAAUUUUUUCAUGAUUGGUGAUCCCAAAUAAAUAAAUAAACAACAAUAAAAAAAUGAGCGGCAGUGUACCUAUUCAUGUUGGCAAUAACUUUCCGUUUUUCAAAAUGAUCCUCAUAAUUUCCAAGAAUAUAUAGCUAUCCUGUAUAAGACAUAGGUAAUUAUAAGCCCCAUGGCACACGUUCAUAAAAGUUAUGCUAAGUUUGGAAAAAGUGUAAAAAAAUUAGAAUUGGCCGAAAGUACGAAAAAAAGUAUCUACAUAUAAAUUCCUAUCUGUUGCCACCAGUCUCAUCUUUGUAUCAGAUGUAAAUUUCACUUUUUUUUUGUAACCGGAAUCCGGAAGUGGUACUUAUUUCGUGCUUUCGGCCAAUUCCAUUUUUUUUAACUGUUUUUUCCAAACUUAGCAUCACUUAUGAACGAGUGCCAUGGAGCUUAUCCUUGUAUCAGAUGACGUAGUAGAUCAUCCGUUCCUCGCCCGUGCUAUAGCGAGAUACACAAACGGGUAUUAUCACAAUAAUUUAAAUCAAAUCAUCUGCUGCGUUUGCUUUGUCGACAUUUACGUAUCGCCCUCGGAUAUCUACUAUGUCUAAUGCGGGCUGUACACACUCGUCGAGAGACUCCGAGACAGGCCGAGAACGAGUGUGUACAUACUGCUCCCUUCUCGGUCGCUCUUCCUUGUCUCGUCUCGCGCUUCUCUGAUUGGAUUGGAUUGGAUUGGAGUGUGUCGGCUGUACACAACUCGUCAAGAGCCUCGGUACCGCUGCCAUCCAAUCGGAGAAGGGCACGACGAGACGAGUAACGGCGAGGCGAGAAGAAAGCAGCAUGUACACACUCGUUCUCGGCCUGGCUCGGGGUCUCUCGACGAGUUUGUACAGCCCGCAUUAUACGGUAGACAUUUUGACUCUGGCUAAGAAUAUCUCAUAAUGUUGUGUGGUGCCGGUUUCUAUAUCUUUUUCUUAAUUACUAAUUCAUACUUACCGAUAUUUGUGGUCGCUUUGUUCGUAUGAAUGAAUAUAACGAUAAGCGGAGUAAGCCAAGAGAUGCAUUUUAGUCUAAUUACUAUACCUAUGUUCUAAAUUGUUUAAUUUUUUUUAUAUUUGUUUUUUGUUGUUUUGCUAACCUUUUAUAGGAAAACUAGCCUAUUUUUACAUGUAUGUAUAAAUCCUACAACCAAUAGGCUAUAACAAUUUAAAAAAAUAUAUACACCUUAAAAAAUACAGCAGUAUGCUUUUACCAAUGUAAAAAGCAUACUGUUGAAAAAAAAUUACACUCAGCUGACAAAUCUAUUGAAGUUAAUACUGUAUAAAUGAAAUAAACAGAUCAUCUAGUUGCAUAUAUAUCAUAUGUUUGUAGGUAUAUUAUGUUUUAUAGAUUUACUCCCCGUGGUGAUAAUUAAUUAUGUGACUAACAUUCGAUGUAGUCUUUAAAAUUGCAACAAUUUUGAUGUGGUACUUAAUUAUUUUUGUAAAUAAAUAUUUCUUUACAUCCUU